AUCGAAACCACGGCGAUUUCGUCUUCAAACGAACACGUAGUCGACAAAUCGCUUCAUCACCGAUCUCUUCGCUUUGAGAUGCGAUGUUUUCCCGCCGCUCCGGCUGUCAUCAGCCCGACUUGUGGAGCGGAAGAAUUCCCGGUUAAAGAGACCCGCAACUACAUUCAAGAGUUCAUCCUCCACUGCACCCUCGACUGAUUUCACUUCAGCAGCAAUACGGCCGUUCUGAGCCCCACAAACAUGCUUGGCUUCUGGUCUACCGUGCCGGCGGUUAAACAGGGCAGCUAUUCCGUCAUGCGGGCAAUGACCCUCCACAUAAGUAUGCGCGAGGCCUACGUGUAGAAGAACAUACGCGAUAGCUCUUCAUUGACACACAUACUAAAUCGCUGAAUCGUUGCGACCAUGGCCGACAAAGAACCCAUCGUGACACACGUCUACACCGCCGACCCCUCGGCACAUGUCUUCAACGGGAAGCUUUACAUUUACCCCUCGCAUGACCGCGAGACAGAUAUCAAGGACAACGACAAUGGCGACCAAUACGACAUGGCCGACUAUCACGUCUUCAGCAUGGAUACCGUCGGCGGACCUGUAACAGACCACGGCGUAGUGCUCAAGCAAGAAGACGUCCCCUGGGUCUCGAAACAACUUUGGGCGCCCGAUGCAGCAACCAAGAACGGGAAAUACUACCUCUAUUUCCCUGCGCGAGACAAGGAGGGUAUCUUCCGCGUCGGCGUAGCAAUCGGCGACAAGCCCGAAGGUCCUUUCACACCAGAACCCGACUACAUCAAAGACAGCUUCAGCAUUGACCCCGCAACCUUCGUCGACGACGACGGCUCAGCAUACCUCUUCUUCGGCGGCAUCUGGGGCGGACAAUUGCAAUGCUGGGCCACAGGCAAAUUUGACAAGUCAGGCGAGGAACCAACGACCGGCGACGCGCUUCACGCCAAGGUCGGCAAGCUUACAGAAGACAUGACACAAUUCGCCUCUCCGGUCACCGACGUCCUGAUCCUCGACCCUGACACACAAAAGCCCAUUCAGGCCGCCGACCAUGACAGGCGGUUCUUCGAGGCCGCCUGGCUGCACAAGUACAACGGUAAGUACUACUUCAGCUACAGCACGGGUGACACGCAUUUCCUUUGCUAUGCGAUUGGCGACAGUCCCGUCGGUCCAUUCACGUAUGCGGGCAGGAUUCUGGAGCCGGUGAUCGGAUGGACGACGCAUCACAGUAUCGCGGAGUUCAAGGGGAAGUGGUAUCUGUUCUACCACGACUCUACGCUUAGUGGGGGCAGGAACCACUUGAGAUGUGUGAAAAUUAGAGAAAUUGUGUACGAUGAGCAAGGCAGGAUUGGACUGGCGGAGCCGCAGCCGAAGGUCUCAGAUGAGGACGCACCGCCGGCGAAGCUUGAGGCGUGA